AUGUCAAUUUAUUAUUUAUUUUUGUUGAUUUUCUUUAUUCACGUGGGCUGUGUUUUAUCUGAGUUGAGUCUGCGAUUUGUUUUCAUAAUAGAGGCCCAAGAGCAGGAUUUGACCCGUGACAUAGGGAGAGCUCUGAAGUUAUCUGAAACUGUACGCCCUGAGGUCAAACUUGAUGAUGCCAUCGUUCUGCUUGAUAGAGAAAAUGAAGAAGAGAGCAGUAGGAUCUUAUGCUCCGCCGUAUCAAAAGGAGUAUCCAUGGUCAUAGAUUUGAGCUGGUCUCCAUGGCAAACGGCUGAAGAUUUGGCUUCGGAAGCUGGUAUACCAUUGGUGAGAACUUUGUUAGGCUCCCAGCAGCUGGUGAAGGCAUUGGAUAGCUACUUGGAGUCCAGGAACGCAACUGAUGCUGCUCUGAUACUGGAGAGUGAGAGUGACGUGGACCGCACCCUAUACGAGUUGCUCGGAGCAUCAAACAUCAGGGUCUGGGUACACGCUGGUCUGACCAGAGACUCUGCAAAGUCCUUGAAGACCAUGCGACCGGAGCCCAGCUUCUAUAUCAUCGUAGGAGAAAACGGAUUCGUUAUGGAUACUUAUAGGCGGGCAGUCAAAGAGAAGCUAGUCCGGCGCAAUUACCGCUGGAACCUGAUCCUGACUGACUACUCCUCAGUGGAGGUCGGCCAACUAGUUCUACCGACUGUAAUCCUUCAGUCAGACCCAGUGGAGUGCUGUAAGCUGCUGAGAAAGGAUGAGUGCAACUGUCCUUCUGAUUUUCAGAGAAAACAAUACAUAAUCAACUCCUUAAUACUCUACCUAUCAGAGACGUAUUCCAAAUUAGAAGGAGACCUGCCUUUUACGACAUCCUCCAUACUAUGUGAGGAACCACAGUCCUCAAUGAACGUCACCAGGGAUCGCCUGUUCAGGCAAUUCGCUGAGGACUCGGAGAUCAGCAAUGAGACUUUAUUCUUUUGGGAUGGUGAUCGGUCUGGUCUUUUCCUCCGCUCCCGCUUCGUACUCUCCAUAUACAAACCAGAAGACGGUCAGCAGGUCAUAGCGACCUGGUCUGCUGAUGAAAACUACAAGCUUCUGCCUGGCAUCGAACUGGAACCACUGAGGAUGUUCUUUAGAAUUGGAACUGCACCUGCUGUUCCAUGGACCCUGAUGAAGUUAGACCCAAAGACUGGAGAACAGAUGUACAACGAAGACGGCCAGCCGUUGUAUGAGGGAUACUGCAUCGAUCUCAUCGCUAGAUUGUCUGAGACAAUGUCUUUUGAUUAUGAGAUAGUAUCACCAAAAACUGGUGAUUUUGGAAAGAAACUGCCGAAUGGAACGUGGGAUGGAGUCGUUGGCGAUCUCAUGAGAGGAGAAACCGACAUAGCGAUUUCAGCUCUUACAAUGACAGCAGAAAGGGAGGAAGUUAUAGAUUUCGUGGCUCCCUACUUUGAACAAACUGGUAUUUUGAUAGUUAUACGAAAACCCAUAAGAAAAACAUCGCUCUUUAAAUUCAUGACAGUACUCCGGACAGAGGUAUGGUUAAGCAUCGUGGCUGCACUUGUCCUGACUGGCUUUAUGAUCUGGUUGCUCGACAAAUAUUCUCCAUAUUCCGCUAGAAACAAUCCUGAUGCAUACCCGUAUCCGUGCAGGGAAUUCACCCUCAAAGAAAGCUUUUGGUUUGCCCUAACCUCAUUCACUCCACAAGGCGGUGGGGAGGCUCCAAAAGCGUUAUCUGGAAGAACACUUGUAGCUGCUUACUGGCUGUUUGUGGUGCUGAUGUUGGCUACAUUCACUGCUAACCUGGCUGCCUUCUUGACUGUGGAGAGGAUGCAGACACCAGUCUCCUCCUUGGAGCAGUUAGCUCGACAGUCCCGCAUCAACUACACGGUCGUGGAAGGCUCAUCCGUGCAUCAAUACUUCGUCAAUAUGAAGUUUGCGGAGGAUACUCUUUACAGGGUUUGGAAAGAAAUAACGUUGAAUGCCACGUCGGAUCAGGCGCAGUACAGGGUCUGGGACUACCCAAUCAGGGAGCAGUACGGACAUAUACUAUUGGCUAUCAAUGCUUCUCGUAAGUAA